GGUAGUCAUUUUAUAGCUAUUUUUUUUUGUUUUUAUUUAUUCUACUAGAACUUGCUUCAUUUUUAUACCGCGUGUUAUCAACCGAUUUUUUUUGUUUGGUAUUACGGUAACGUAAUGUAAGAACACACUUGCUCAGUGUGUGUCUCCUGUGGUUCCUUGGAUCCGGGUUCUUUGAUUCUUAAAAUAAUACAAAAGAGUUUCAAUGACAUGGCGCACAACACUUUGCCGUGACAAUCGUGACAUGUUUCAAAAUAAUUUUAGAUGUUUACAAAUAAGUUAGCUUUACCGAUAUUUUAAAUUAAAUCAUGCCGUUUUAUAGGAAACCUAGGAACUUCACGCCGUUAUUAAUUGCUUCCGAAAAGAAAGCAGUCAAGAACGGCUUACACCAUUCAAUAUUUACGUCGAGGUUUGAUAAAUAUGUUGGUGAAUGGAAUAAAGACUUGAAAGAAGGCAAAGGUUUAUUUCAUACAAUCACUGGAAAAUUGUACGAAGGAGACUGGUAUAAAGGUUUCAGACAUGGUUUUGGGACGCUCAGCCACAAAAAUCAAAAUGGAACCUAUAGUUUAGAAUACCGUGGUGAAUGGAUACGUGGCAAGCCAGAGGGGAUUGGGUGGCGGUACUAUGAGAACGGGGACGUUUACUUUGGCUACUGGAAAAGGGGCCAGCGACACGGGUAUGGCAAGAUGUGGUACAAGAAUGGAACAUUUUACGUGGGUUAUUGGAACAUGAGCAAGAGGGAGGGGCUUGGUAUGUUUAUACAGGAGAACGGCAACCGCUACGAAGGGCAUUGGGAGAGCAACAUCAAACACGGGCUAGGCCGGUUCUACCACAUGCACACGGGACAGCUGCAGGAAGGCUGCUGGGUCCACAACGUGUGCGUCAAGUCCAAGGUGUCGGACAUCAUCAUACGCCAGUGCUGCGAACGACCCACGGAGUAUUCCAUACCACCGGAAGGGCUACAAGAUUCUAGAAAAAUUUUAGAGGAAAGUGAAUUUUGGCUAAAUCAAAAGAUAGGUGAAAUAGAUAAAAAACUCAAAUUUUGUAUAGAUCAAAUGUAUUAGGUUUUCGGUUAACAAAACAAUUAAGUAGGUAUGUAUACAAUUGAAUAUUAUACAUAGGCAUAUUAUUAUUAUUAGCUAUAAAAUUGUAUGUAGACACUACUUAAUAUGAACAAAUAUGUCUUAAAUACUAAAUUUAAAUUGAUUUAAUACAAGUCAUUAAUAUAUCACAGA